AUGUACCCUUCAUGCUCGUUUUGUCUCCUCGGCUUCCUCACGCUGGUAUCUGGAUUUGCGUUAAACCCUGGUGACUCGGUGACGAUUCCAGGCUGGUACCUUCAGUCUUCAGUUCAAGCCAGAGAAGAUGCACGCAAGCUUUCGCAGCCUGAUGUCAAGACCGACUCAUGGCACCGCAUCGGUCCACGCAGCACUGUGAUGGCUGGCUUGCUUCAAGCUGGAGUUUACAACGAGUCGGAACUUUUCUACUCGGACCAUAUGAAUGGCGUGGUACUAUCCGACUUCCUGUCUCCAUGGCUCUAUCGUGAAGAGUUUGGCCUACAGGUUCCACCCCGAGGCGAUCACAUCUUUCUUGUCACACAUGGUAUCUCAUCCAAGGCUGAUCUCUACCUCAACGGCGCACAAGUUGCCUCCAGCGACUAUCAACAAGGAAGCUUUGGCGGCCACCAGUAUGACGUUACGGCACACGUUCGCUCUGGAAAGAACGCCCUUGUCGUCCAGGCUUACCCGACAGACUACCACGCUGAUUUUAGCCAGGGAUUUGCAGACUGGAAUCCUGCUCCACCAGAUAACGGCACGGGUGUUUGGCGAGAUAUUGAGCUGAAGCAGACCGGGCCUACCUCAUUGUCUCCAGUUCGGAUCGUCACCGACUUCAAGACCGCACCCAACGAGCGAGCCACGGUGUGGGUGAUCACGGAUGUCACCAACCACAACAACGUGCCUUUUCAGGGAGCUCUUCAAGGUAUCAUCGAGACGGACCAGGAUGUUGGCAUGCAACAGCGGAUUCCUUUCUCUGGUAAUGUUCGACUGAAGCCAAAUGAACAUGCCACCGUCUCGCUUCCCGUGGUUAUUCCCAACCCACAGAUCUGGUGGCCUGCCACCUGGGGCCGUCAGUCGCUCUACGCUGUUCAGCUCAACGUAACCACUCUCCAGGGGACAGUCUCAGAUCGGUCCCGACGCUCAACCUUUGGAAUUCGCCACGUCAAAUCUCAGCUCAACUCCAACAAAGAUCGCUCAUUCAGUAUUAACGGCCAGUCAUUCCACGUGCGCGGCGCGGGCUAUGCACCCGACCUCUUUCUCCGCUUUGACAUCAACCGCAUUCGCGCCAUCUUCCGCUACGUGCUUGAUAUGGGUCUCAACACGAUUCGACUCGAAGGCAAGCUCGAGCAUCCAGAGUUUUAUGAUCUAGCAGACCGAAUGGGAAUCAUGGUUUUGGCUGGUUGGGAAUGUUGCGACAAAUGGGAGGCAUGGGAGUACAACCCCGACAGUGAAGCCCGCCAGUGGACUUCAACCGACUACACCACUGCCUAUCACCAAAUGUACCACGAAUCAGCCUACCUCCAAACCCACCCAUCCCUCCUUGGCUUUAUCUUGGGAUCCGACUACUGGCCGAAUGAGCACGCUACCGCCCAAUUCCUCAGCGCCCUUGAACAGACCAAUUGGACCAAUCCAAUCAUUGCCUCUGCCUCCGGCCGUGGAAGCCCCCCGGCGUUAGGACCCUCGGGAAUGAAGAUGCUAGGGCCCUACGACUGGGUGCCUCCGAACUAUUGGACUGCGAACCCGCAGGACCAAGACAUCACAGAAUGGGGUACCGCCUACGGCUUCGGAUCCGAACAAGGUCCCGGCGUCGGGACGCCCACUUUCCCGUCCUUAACACGAUUCCUGAGUCCAGCCGACCUGCAUAAUCUUUGGAGCCAUCCAUCGGCGGGAUCAUAUCAUCUGUCACCACCAAGAGCUGGGGAAUUUCAUACCCGCAAGCUCUACAACACUGCGCUUUUCCGCCGAUAUGGGACGCCCACAUCGUUGGAGGACUAUCUCCAGAAAAGCCAGAUGAUGGACUACGAGGCCACACGGGCAGAGUUUGAGGGGUUCACAAUGAACCAAAAUUCCAGUAGGAAUGGGGGCCGCCCCGCCAUGGGGGUAAUCUAUUGGAUGCUGAAUAGUGCGUGGCCGAGUCUGCAUUGGCAGCUGUUCGAUUACUACCUUCGUCCUGCUGGGGCGUAUUUCGGGACCAAGGCGGCCGCAGCGCAGGGGGAACAUGUGGCUUAUGACUACGUGAGCCAGGACAUUCGUGUGGUGAACAAUCACCACCAGCCGACAAGUGGCAGACACAGAGACAAGAGGAGGGUAGAGGUCGAGUUGAUCACGGCCGCUGAUGGAAAGACAGUGGACAGGCAGGUGGUGGUUGGAGUGGAUGAGACGGAGCCGGGAGCUUCCAUCCCUAUAGCCAACGUGGCAGAUGCCGUGAAUCAGCUUUCCGGAGUGGGCUUUCUGAAGUUGCUGCUCAAGGACUCGGCCAACGGGUCCGUGCUCAGUCGCAAUGUGUACUGGGUGACCAAGAAGAACGAUAUCUUGGACUGGGAGAAGACGAAUUGGUAUACCACUCCGGUCUCGCGGUACGCGGACUUUACCGGGCUGAGCACUCUGCGAAUGGCCAGUGUGUUGGCGCAUGUGAACCGAAAGCAGACCACGGAAGAUGGGUCAACAUUGGAAGUGGCAUUGGAGAAUAAGGCCGACAUUCCAGCUUUCUUCAUUCGUUUGACGGCCGUUGACGCGGCAAAUCGACAGGAAGACGAGGUGGACGGAGAAAUGGCUCCGGUUAUCUGGUCGGAUAACUACGUGACGCUUUUUCCGCGAGAGAGUCUCAAACUGACGGUGCAGAUUCCGCGGAAAGAUGGAUGGAGGAUGGUCAUGACUGGGGUGAAUGUGAAGAAGAGCGUGGUUGGUCGAGGAUGA